AUGUCUAGAUAUAGACCGAAUCCCGAAAUAUCUGUCAGCACCUCAGUUAUUGUUGCUGCUGCUGCCGCUCCCACUGCCGCUGUGGAGAACAACUCCUCGGACGUAUACUGUACGCGUACGCUGAAAGCAGAAGCAGAAGCAGCCGCAGCUGAGUUCUUGUAUCUCUAUUCGCUUCAAGGCAGCGACCUAGCUACCUGGGGACCUCGAUGUCAACAAGGUGAAUGGCGAAUCAAGUGGAGAGAUGGGUCCUCCUGUUGCCCUUGCACCUUGAUACUACAUGCUGAUGAGCACAAAUUGUGGGGUAACAUGUGCUAAAAGUUCCAACUUGAUACACUUGAG